AUGGUCUCCACUACUAUCAACUUCUCCGGCCUCAUGUGCCUCGUCCUUGCUCUCGGCCCUGCCAAUGUGCUCUCUGCACCCCAGCUGCCCGCUCUCCCAUUCCCCGAGAUCAUCAACCACGGCCCGGAGACCACCAACCAGGGCCCAGGAAACAGCGAGACCUCCGCCGGCAGCGGCGUCAAAGUCGGCAUUCCAGGCGGUCCCUACGUGAACGUCGGCGCCGGAUUCCACGACGUCCAACGCGGCCCCUGCGGCCCCGGCGCAGGCGAUGACCACGCCGCUGGCGCCGGUGUCAACGUUGGUAUCCCCGGCGGCCCUAGCGUCAACGUCGGCAAUGGCGAGCACCACCACCAGGACGGCUACCCUUGCCCCGAGCCUCCCAUCGUCAUGCCCACUACCACCACUGUCAUCCCUCCCACCGAGACUGUUACUCCCCCCGUCCAGACUGCCCACCCUCCUACUUGGACUGUCCCUACUAUCCUCCCUCCCACCUUUACCACCCCCAUCUCCGUUCCCCUAAGCACCGCCCCGGCCGCCUGGGCACCCUCCGUCUCCACCCCUCUGAUCCGCCACGCCACGCCCACCGCAUCGCUCUCGCCUUCCGCCGCGCCUUCUGUGCCCGUCCAGCCCGUCUUCAAUGCCGGCUCGCCUCUGGUUCCCGGAUCCGUACUCGCAGUGGCUCUUCCCGUUAUCUUGGCUUUCUUCAACUAG